GGAGAUAUAAGAACAGGGCCAGGGAGGGUGGCGGGUGGGAGGGAGCAGAGUGACUGACACAGACAGAUACAAUGAAUCCCCAGCUUGCCUGGAUCCUUCUGUGUACCUUGGUAGGAUCUGCCUUGGGAAACCGCAUGAGGUGCUAUGACUGUGGUGGAGGCUCCAGUAGCUCCUGCAAGGAGACAGUGACCACCUGCAGCGAGGGCGAACAUUGUGGCUUCCUGGACCGCAAACCCCAACCAAGUAUGGGACAGACCAAGCUACCUGGAAACCCCUCAGUAACCUUGAUUCAUCACCAUCCAGCCUGUGUAGCUGCUCAUCACUGCAAUCAAGUGGAAACAGAGUUGGUGGGAGACGUGACUUAUACAACCCACAGAGACUGCUGUGCUGGAGACCUGUGCAACAGUGCUGUGUCGAGCUCAGUGGCAUCAUCAUGCAUCUUGGCUGCAGCAGCCACCACCCUGGCCUGGCUCUUGCCAGGACUUUGGGGAAGGUAGUGGCCAUAAGAAAAGUAAAGGGUAGGGAACAAUAGAUGCAUGAGCUGGGGAGAUAAGCACUCCUCUGUGAGCCAUUAAAGUCUAUGACUACUCUAGAA